CGCGGAGCGGGAUAGAGUUGCGCGCACGACGACUGACUCUGACGGACUGACGGACUGACGGCUGGCUUGGAGGUGGAAGAGUUUUCUUGUCGCUGCUACUGCUACUACUGCUGGUGUUUUCGUUGGUGUUGCUCGGUACCUAUACAGCACGCCUCUUUUCCAUCUACCUUAUCAAUUUCCUUUUCUGGACCGUCUCCAUCUUCUACCGUCUGUCCAAAGUUCCCCGAAGAAAGAAGAAAAGAAAACAACGCCAAAAUGGCGUCUCCCGACUACCACCGCGUCAUAGCCCUUAUCUCGGGCGGCAAAGACUCCCUCUUCUCCAUCCUGCACUGCCUGCGCGCCGGACACGAGGUCGUCGCGCUCGCGAACAUGCAUCCAGCACCCGCGCCCGGCCAGGCCGCCACGGACGAGGGCCCCGACCUCGACAGCUUCAUGUUCCAGACCGUGGGGCACAGCAUCGUGCCGCUGUACGGGGAGGCGCUGCAGCUGCCGCUGUUCCGGCGCGCCAUUGUCGGUGGCGCCGUGAAUACUGAUCGCGAGUACGCGGUGCCCGGGGCGCGAAAAGACGAAGGAGAAGGAGAAACGAAAGACGAGACCGAGUCCCUGACGCUGCUCCUCCGCGACGUCCUCGCCGCACACCCCACCGCCACAGCCGUCAGCACCGGCGCCAUCCUCUCGACGUACCAGCGCACGCGCGUCGAGUCCGUCUGCGCGCGUCUCGGCCUCGUCUCCCUCGCGCCGCUAUGGCAGUUCCCGUCGCUGCCGCCGCACCUCCCCACCGCCUUGCUCAGCGACAUGCGCCGCGUGCGGCAAGACGCGCGCAUCAUCAAGGUCGCCAGCGCCGGUCUCGACGACUCGUUCCUCUGGGCCAACGUCGCGGAUCCGCGCACCGUGGCCCGGGUUGGCCGCGCCCUGGCUAGGUUUGGCGAUGUUGCGGACGGGGCGGCGCUGGGCGAGGGGGGCGAGUUCGAGACGUGCGCGGUGGAUGGGCCGGCGGACGUGUGGUGCGGGGGGCGGAUUGAUGUGAGUGUUGCGGAUGAGGGCGUGUUGGGCGAGGGCGGGAGUGCCGCGGUGCGCUUUCUAGGCGCGAAAGUGGUGGCGCGGGCGGAGGGCGAGGAGGCGACGGGCAAGCUGGCGGACCUGCGGGUGCCGGAUCUGCUGGACGCAGAAUUUGAGACGCUGUUGCAGGAGCUGCUUGCUUUGCCUGAGGCAGAGGCAGCGACAGCGACAGCGACAGCGACAGAGGCAGCGGAGGACGAAACUACAUCACCCCCCUCCGCAGCGAUGCAGACACUAAACCUAACCAACCCCCUGGACGCCCUCUUCCGCGCCCACUCCUCCCCCGCCCACCACUCCGACCCCUCGCGCCUCUCCAUCUCCGGCUCCACGCUGCACAUCACGAACCUGACGGCGCCAGCCUACGACACACCAGCACAGCAACUAGCAUCGCUAACGCGGCGGCUCAGCGCGCUGCUCGACGCGUUCGGCCUCGCGCCCACCGCCCUCGCGCACUGCACGCUCCUCCUGCGCCGCAUGGCCGACUUCGCGCCCUGCAACGCCGUCUACGCGCAGAUGUUCGCCGAGCCCCUGCCCCCGAGCCGCGUCACUGUCGCGUGUGGCGACGCGCUGCCGGAAGGCGUCGACGUCGUGCUGAGCGCUGUUGCGGUGCUGGAGGAAGAAGAAGACGAGCACACGGCCGCAAAGAGGAAGAAGCAGGGCCUCCACGUCCAAAGCCGCAGCUACUGGGCCCCCGCAAACAUAGGCCCGUACUCGCAAGCCAUCAGCGUGCCCACCAGUACCAGCACCACCACAUCAAUAACAUACACAGCCGGCCAAAUCCCCCUCCUCCCUUGGACCAUGACCCUGCCUUCUUCAUCCUUCGCCCUCUCCACCACCCUCGCCCUCCAACACCUCACGCGCAUCGCCCGCGCCACAAACACGUCCCUCUUCCCGUACGGCGUCGCGUUCAUCACGGCCGCGUCCCCCGCCCAAGCAGCCACCCGCGCGCGCAUCGCCCGCGCCGCUUGGCGCCGCUUGCACGCGGGCGCGUGGGCGCGCUGUGUGGCUGAGACUGCGGCGGCGGAGGAGGAUGCGGCGGACGUCGAUGUCUGGGAUUUACGGAACAGAGGGUGGGGCGCGGGUGCGCUUGGGGGAGGGGCGGCGGAGAGGGAGAAGGAUCCUAGGGCCAGGGUGCCGGACUGGGGGCCCACCCCGCCCCUGCCGCCCUGCAUAAUUGUGCAAGUAGCGACCCUGCCCCGCGACGCGGACAUCGAGUGGUCGGCCCCAGGCCUCAGU